AUGGCGGACCAGACGUCCCAUGUGGUUCGGAUGCCGCGCUCCGAUGAAGAAGGGUCCUUCGUGCUCGUCCGCGUGUCACCAUCUGGCUCGGCUUCCCGACCACUCAACGUACGGUUGGUGGCCACAGAGGGCGUGGCCCCGUACGUCCUUGCCUUACGGCAUGACCGGAUCGACAAACUGCGAGGCCAGAACGCGCCCUGCUCGCCAGAGGAGUGGGAGCAGAUCCUCUCGUUUCUCUUGCUAGGGCAGGGCUCGGUUGACAACGUCGACGCGACGGCCACGGUGAAGGAGGAGUCAACGCUCACCGUCACUAUCCGGAAGAGAGUCCAGAAUAUCACUCAACGUUUGGGAACACUCUCUCUGACGUAUGAUGGUGAUGAAGGCAUCGAGCUAUUUGAGUGGUGCGGUGAGGUCGCGGAGGAGCGCACAAAGGUAGCAAAAGACCUCUCGGCGGCCACUGCAGAGCAACGCAACCUGCAGGCGGCGGUAGACGACCUCAAAGCGCAGCUGGACGAGUUCCUGGAGACCAAGGAAGCGGACGAGGCGGUCCUCCUAGAAAACUUCUGUCUACUGCUGAACGAGAAGAAGGCCAAGAUCCGGCAGCAGUACCGGCAGCUCACCAUGGCGGGUCAAGCGGAAGCGGAGGCCGCAAAGAUAGCUGAGGCUGAGGCCGAGAUCAAAGAGGAGGAAGACAUGGAGGAAGACGAGACAUCUGCACCCGCGCCAGCGUCAACGCGGGGCCGGCGUGGUGCGGCACGCGGCCGGGUUGGCAAAGUUGGGAGAGGCGCGGCCACAACAACAGCAAAAGCCAAACCUGGCGCCAAGCGGCGCGCGGCAGCGGCUGUGUCGGAAGACGAAAAGGACUCCGACGAGGGUGGAUUCGAGAAGGCUCCUGGCACUGCGACGAGAGGAAGUAUACGUCAAAAAGGCAAGGAGGCCGCUACCGCCGAAGCUGAGGCCGAAGCUGCGUCUAACACGCAGUCGGAAGACGACGACCGCACAACGGAGCACGACGACGUCUCUACAGAAAGCGAGGAGGAUGCUGAGCUCAUGGACGAGGAUGUCGAGGUCAAGGAAGAAGAGCAGUCGCAAAGGUCAAAGGGAACCAAAGCCGCCAAGGGCAAGGCACAAAAGCAGGCGCCAAAGAAAGCAGUGCUGGACCCAGCACCUGCUCAGGACGAAGCUCCUCCACCACGCCGCACACUCGCCUUUGGCAAGCCCAAGACUGGCCCUGCUGCGGCGCCGCCUGCUAGUAGCAGCAAAGAUCAGAACAUGGGUGGCAGUGACUCUGAGUCUGACGAUGAAUUAUAA